AGAUGUAGCUAGAGUCUUCUCUUGAAGGUGACUGGAGCAAUGAAUAUGUGUCCAAACAUCAUAUUGCCAUAUUUUGCUUUUUCUGAAGUUAUGUUCUUUUAAAGAAAGUUUAUGUUCUGUAGAUCUCAGGAAAGAUUCUAAUUAACAGAGCAGAAUGAUUUUUUUGGAGCGGUGAAUGUGUCUUUCUUAUGUGGAAGCCAUAAAAAUUAGGUAUUUUCUUGAUUUGCUUAGACAUGAAUAUAUCAUUAGCUGGUGUGAGCUCACCCGUAGGUCCCCAACUACCAGCUAUUCAUACUGCUACUCUAAGCCUGAGCUGUGGUGGCAUUCUUGCUAAAUGUAAAAAGGACCCUGCUGAAUUUUAGGACCUGAAAUUGAAGCUUUUACUACAUCCUUUCUUGCUUUUCUGUACCAAGGAUUUUAUAGGAAUGUUGCCACGGGCACCGUUUUAGGAAAGCCACCAGCAGAAUUCCGCAUUUCUUCCUUUGACUUUUUUCGUUUUGCUCACUCUGGCUGCGCUAUUGAGCCCUUUGUGUAACCUUCUCCUGCCCCGUGCCUGCAUUCACCUGAGAGUUAGCCACUGCCGUACCAGCCAGGCUUCCAAAUACUGCGCUUCAGAGUACACCGCGUUCUCAUGCACACGUGGCAGUUGGGAUGGAUGGACCUCUCAAUCACAGCUAGAAAAAGGCUUCACCCCUCUAAUGUAACUUUGUGGAGGAUAACCAUGAGUUAUAUGUCAAAUGGAAUCAAUGCAGGCAGGAUUAAGCAUGUAAAAACAAAAUACUGCAUUGUAGUAGAGUGACAAAAACAGCCAAGAAGGGUUUAGCACUUACUGUAGGGAGCCUGAGAAAUGCCUGUUGUUACUCGUAAUGUUUAGUGUUUGUGAUUCAGCCCUUCAGCGUGCUCCAGGAGCGAAAAAAGAAAGGAAACUUGACCUUGACCUCAGGAGUACAGCUUAACCCCAUUGCUACUGGAAGAAUCAUGGAACUGGUUUUCCUCUUCCCAUAAUACCUUCCUUAUAUUUCAGGUUUUAGCAGCCAAAUCACAUGACCCCACAGCAGAAGGGGGCUUAGCCUAGAAAGUGCCACACGUGAUUUUUAUUUUGGGAAAAAAAUUAGGCACAGACAUCCUGGUAUGCAGCCAGUGAGUGAAGUCGGGUGGAAUUUGCCUUCACUUGAUUAUAAUCAGCUUUGUCCCUUUGUUGAUGCCAUCUCAGCCAUACGCUGUUGCCAUGGUCUCAUCCUGCCACUUCCUGUCAUAAAGCUCAGCAGGGAGAAUCAACUGAGGCCACAAUAACAUAUGCAAAAUUUGGCUGAUCAGUCAAACUGUUUUUCCUUUAUCUGUGUGUAGGAGAUUAAGUCAGAACUAUAUGUUGUUUCAUAUAUAGGGAUCAUUAUUUUUAGACCAGCAGCAGGUCUUAGCCUCUGCAUGUAAUCUGCUCAGACAGAGCCACAUGAGGCAUCAAGGUUUUCCUGACAUGUCUGUGGAGCUCAGAGUCAAUGAUGUUGAGUAUUACUUGAGUUUUGAAAGUAGAUGCUCGAAGCACUGAAUUGUGUGAUAAUUUAAAGCUCAAUGACUCAUGUUCAUCUAUGUCAACUUCUGUUUCAGGGGUGGCAGAUUGUGAUAAAAGCUUUUUUUAAAAUCAGAUCCCAGCUUAUGUAAUUGUUGCUACAUUGGUGUUCUCUGUGUUGAGCAAGGGAGAUAUGAGGCUGUCCUAUGGAGUCAGCUCGGCGUGUGCGUGUACUGCAGACAGAAUCUGCGUGCUCUCAGCAGCCAGGGACAGUGCAUGUAGGGGGGAUCUUGGUGCAUUUAAAGGUUAUCAGGGCCCAUUCUGAAAAACGCCAGCUGAUCUGCGUGCGUUUGGUGCUGCCAUGAGAAGGUUUGCCUAGGAUGUCAUCCCUCAGCUAUACAUAGCAAACUCAAAGCUCCUUACAGAGAAACCUCUUACCAGUCACUUUCCACAAAUGGUGCAUAUACCCAAAGGUACUUAGUGAAAAUCCUUGAGAGGUAUUUAAUGCAAAAGCAGUUAGUCUCUCUGGUGUUUUUCAGAAGCCCUCACACACCACUAGCAAGAAGUGCAGGGCGCCUGCAGCACAGCACUUGGGCCAGUUACUCAUUUUGUCUCAGCUGGGCUCUGCCACCCCAAGAGCUUGCCAGGAUGUGUGACAUGGGGGGACUCGACAACCUGAUUGCCAACACGGCCUAUCUGCAGGCGAGGAAGAGUGGAGAGGGAGACACCAAGGAGAUGCAAAAGAGACGUAAGAGCCUCUCACUGCCGAAGAUUGAUCAGUGUGGAGAGGUUAGGCAGUCGGUUGUUGCUGAUUAUGACAGCAUCUGUGAGCAGCAGCCCAUUGGCAAGAAAUUCUUCAGAGACUUCUUAGAAACAGUGCCAGAAUAUUUGGUAGCUAAGGGCUUCCUGGAUGAGGUGUCAAACUGGGAGUUGGCAGAGGACAAUGCCAAGACCAGUAUCAUGGAGAAUAUGGUCACAGAUUUUCUUAAGACAGGCUCUAAAAACUAUCUGGCUUUCAUGAGCUCUGACUUGGCCAGCAAAUGCCAGGCAGCUACUGCAAAAGACUAUGAGAAUAUCAUACAGCUGGCCAAGGAGGAAACCAAAGCCUUCCUUAGAGACAAGCCCUUCCAGGACUUCCAGACCAGCCCUCUCUUUGACAAAUUCAUCCAAUGGAAAGUUUUUGAGAAGCAGCCGGUAACUGAGAAGUACUUCUAUGAAUUCCGAGUGCUGGGCAAAGGUGGCUUCGGAGAGGUUUGUGCCAUCCAGGUGAAAAAUACUGGCAAGAUGUAUGCCUGCAAGAAACUGGAUAAGAAAAGAUUGAAAAAGAAAGGUGGAGAAAAGAUGGCACUACUGGAGAAAGAGAUCCUGGAGAAGGUCAACAGCCCUUUCAUAGUCACACUAGCUUAUGCCUAUGAGAGCAAAAGCCACCUGUGUCUUGUCAUGAGCCUCAUGAAUGGAGGGGAUCUGAAGUAUCACAUCUACAAUGUGGGAGAAAAGGGUUUGGAAAUGAAAAGGGUCAUCUAUUACUCAGCUCAGAUCACCUGUGGGAUUCUGCAUCUCCAUUCCAUCAAGAUUGUGUACCGGGACAUGAAACCAGAAAACGUCCUCCUGGAUGAUAACGGUAAUUGCAGACUGUCAGAUCUUGGUUUGGCAGUGCAAGUCAAAGAGGGAAAAAGCAUCACUCAGAGGGCUGGGACAAAUGGUUACAUGGCUCCGGAAAUCCUGAAGGAAGAGGAUUACAGCUAUGCUGUGGACUGGUUUGCUAUGGGAUGUAGUAUUUAUGAGAUGAUUGCUGCACGAACACCGUUUAAGGAUUUCAAAGAAAAGGUCGGGAAGGAUGAAGUUAAAAGAAGAACUCUGGAAGAUGAGGUGAAAUUUGAACAUGCCAACUUUACAGAGGAAGCGAAAGAUAUUUGCCGACUGUUUUUGGCCAAGAAAACAGAGAAUCGUUUAGGAAGCAGAAAUGAAGGUGACGACCCAAGAAAACAUAGUUUCUUCAAAACAAUAAAUUUCCACAGGCUAGAGGCAAACCUUAUUGACCCUCCUUUUGUGCCAGAUCCAUCAGUUGUCUAUGCCAAAGAUGUUGCAGACAUUGCUGACUUCUCUGAAAUACGAGGAAUUGAGUUUGAUGACAAAGAUAAGAAGUUCUUCAAAAAGUUUGCGACAGGUGCUGUCCCUAUAGCCUGGCAGGAAGAGAUUAUUGAAACGGGACUGUUUGAAGAACUGAAUGAUCCUAACAGAGUAGAUUCCGGGGGAUACGCAAAUGGAGGUGAAGCUAAGUCAGGAGUUUGUUUGUUGUUGUAAAUAUCACAUCAUUAACAAAAGGAGUAGAAACCACCUCAGAACUUUCCAUAUUCUGACACUGUUUCAGAAACUCAGUGCAUCUGUUCAAGAACAACCGAACAGUCUAACAUGACAUUGACAGGCUAUGUAGGACCACCAGCUGUAUAGACUAUAUUAUUUUCCUUUGCUCUAGCAAAGAGAUUGGAGAUUUAUCCAAGAGAUUAUUGGAGAUUUAUCAAGAUGAAGAACCAUAUUUCUCAAAGAAAUUUGGAAUGAUAGAAAUUCUGAGAGAUAAAAAGCAAUAACAGAGUGAAGAGGCAACAGCUUUUGAAAAUGACUGACCACCAUUUUGAAUACAAUCAUUUGUUGGUUUUCUUUCAAUUUUCUUGUUAUUGCUACUUACAUUUUCUCUUUGUUCUACAGUUUUCAGGAAAGAUUUUUUUAAUUUUCAAGUAAUAUUCUCAGUUAGACAGUGGAGCUCAUAUAUACCGUGUCAAACUCAGAGCGUUAUUGGUUAGCCAGUCUGUCUGUUGUUUUCUUAACUUGUUAGUUUUUUGGUGGUUUGAUUGUAAUAUGUUCAAAUUGUCAUAAAAUGUAAAAGAAGGUUCUACAUAUCACUAGGAAAUAGGACCGAUGGGAUCAAACUCUUUUCAAAGUUGAUUUUAACAGAGUGAAUAUGGUUGCACCAAUUUAAUUGAAUAAAGCAUCUAUUUAUUAUUA